CCCACACACCUGAUGCGGGGCCCGACGCGGUUUCUUUCGGCUCUGCUUCUGGUGAACUGUAGAAGGCAAAGCUUUACUUUCAAGAUGCUGUCAUUGCCGUAUAUCGGCGCGAAGGAGUGCCUUCAAGUAGGCUUGCUGCCCGUACCUCAUUCAGUAAUUCGAUCACAUCCGGACCAUGGCGACCUCUCAGCGCGUUGUUAUUAUUGGAGCCGGAAUCGUGGGCGUAAAUCUUGCCGAUGAGCUAGUAUCUCUGGGAUGGAAGAACAUCACGGUUGUUGAGCAAGGACCGCUCAAUAUGCCUGGUGGUUCGACUUCGCAUGCGCCCGGCCUCGUAUUCCAGACGAACCCUUCGAAGACAAUGACAAGACUUGCGAAGUACACAAUGGAGAAAUUGCUCUCCAUAAAGAAGGAUGGACAGGGAUGCUUCAACCAGGUCGGCGGUCUUGAAGUUGCAACAACCCCAGAACGAUUAGAGGAGCUCAAACGCAGACACGGCUAUGCUUCUUCUUGGGGAAUUGAGGCGCGACUGAUAAGUGGAGAAGAAUGCAUACAGAUGUACCCUCUACUCAACCAAAAGACUGUCCUCGGAGGUCUACACAUUCCCACCGACGGUUUGGCUCUGGCGGCACGAGCCACACAACUACUCAUUGAACGAACUAGCGAGGCUGGCGUUCAGUAUCUCGGGAACACACCCGUAACGGGUAUAGAAAGAUCAAAUGGACGGGUUACUGGCGUUACAACCCCAAGUGGAUCUGUCCAGGCGGACAUUGUUGUUUCCUGCGCCGGAUUCUGGGGAGUCGAAAUUGGGGCUAUGGUAGGACUGCAGGUGCCGCUCUUGCCAUUGGCACAUCAAUACGCGAAGACGACCGCCCUGCCAGACCUCCGGGGUCGCGAAGUGAACUCUAGAAUAAACGGAAUGAACGCCACACUACCCAUAUUACGACAUCAGGAUCAGGACCUUUAUUACCGGGAACAUGGUGACCAGUUUGCGCCGAACCUAGAAGGCUUCUAUGUUGCAGAAGCCGUCUGGGUCACACAUUCAGCCGGUAUUGCACGGGCGGUCGCACAAAUACUCACUACAGGCCGGUCGGAAAUCGAUGUUGGGGAGUGCGACAUCUCAAGAUUCGAAGAAAUUCAGCUCAGCCACGAAUAUGUCUCGGAAACGUCACAGCAAAACUUCGUGGAAAUUUACGACAUCAUUCAUCCUCUCGCUCCCAAGUUAUCCCCACGUAACCUGCGUAUAAGUCCUUUCAACGUUCGGCAGCGGGAAUUGGGCGCAUACUUCCUUGAAGUCGGUGGCUGGGAGCGACCAUUUUGGUACGAGGCCAACGCAGAGCUGCUGAAGUAUCUCCCCGCAAAGUGGCAGCCAGUCGAGCGAGACGCGUGGUCUGCACAACACUACUCCCCAAUAGCAGCAGCAGAGGCCUGGAAAACUCGCAAUGCAGUCGCAAUGUACGACAUGACCGCCUUCCAUCGGUUUGAGGCUUCCGGACCUGGCGCCUUGCACUUACUUCAACGCCUGACUACAAGCGACCUGAAGAAAGAUCCAGGCUCGAUCACUUACACCCUUUUGCUCGACGAUGAGGCCGGUAUACGCGGCGACAUCUUUGUUUCCAAAAUUGAAGACGAUGUGUUCCAGAUUGGUGCUAACUCUGCGACCGAAUUUCACUAUCUCUCCCGUGAAGCGCGGUUUCAGAGGCAACAGAGCCCCAACCAGUGGGUGCAGAUACGUGAGAUCACCGGAAGCACAUGCUCUAUUGGUCUUUGGGGUCCACGUGCCCGAGACGUCAUUGCUGGUGUAAGCACAGAUGACUUCUCGAACAAGGGACUCCCGUACUUCGGUGUCAAGAAGGUCCAUGUCGCCGGAAUUCCAGUACUCGCCUUCCGGAAAUCGUAUGUUGGUGAGCUCGGGUGGGAGCUUCAAACAAGUGCAGAACUUGGGCUGCGGCUAUGGGAUGCUAUUGCCCAAGCUGGAAAGCUGCAUGGGAUCAUUGCGGCUGGUCGCGCUGCACUCAAUUCCUUGCGCUUGGAGAAGGGUUACCGAACAUACGGAGCCGACAUGGGCACCGAGCAUGAUCCGUUGGAGGCCGGUGUUAUUUCAGCUGUCGAUUUGAAGAAGCAGGGAGAUUUCGUGGGCAAGGCAGGUCUCUCGCGCCGACCCAAGACACCUACUCGACGACUUCGAUGCCUUGCUGUCAACGACGCCCAGUCGAUGUUGCUAGGCAAGGAGCCUGUGUUUUACAAAGGCGAGGCCGCAGGAUACAUCACUACUGCCGCCUUCGGUUUCACGGUCGGUAGGCCUAUAGCGUACGCAUGGCUUCCUAGCAGUGUAAGCGUGGGAGAGACUAUCGAGGCCGAAUACUUUGGCCGCCGCAUUGCAGCUACCGUCGUUCGGGAGCCACUAUACGAUCCUGAAGGCAGUCGUCUCCUCGACGAUAGGCCGCCUCUCGAGGCUGUCAUCCAGACACCAUUGAAGUCUCGCCUAUAAGAUCUUUGAUCUUUGGGUAGAGUUAACAUGGGCUAUCACAGCGUUCUAAUUUUGUGUUUCAUUUAUUGAGGGUCACAUCCAUCAUUGCAUAUCAGAGCGUCGUCUCGGCUCCAUCAUGAGUUGGAGUUGGGGUCAUCUUCUAUAGCAUUCCGUUCAAUUUAUCACAAUUCUUGAC